GGUGUGUGCGAGACUGCGAGAAUGACGUUUGGGGCCUUGGCGUCGGGGUCGCUUCAAACAUCAACAGCCACACCACAAUCACACAAAUCAGUGCUUCCAGUUUAUUAUUAUUUUUCGUCUUUCAAUCUCAAGUGAUGUUUGUGUUUCAAUGUGUCUGGAUUACUCUUUACUGCCGUUGACGUAGAAAUACUAAGGUUUUGUUGAUUUCGAAGUUGCAGCACCGCCCACCAUAGGACGCGCCUCUAGUAUACAAUAGUGCCGAUCCCGUGAAAGAAAGGGUGGAAAAAAAAAAACAAAAAACAAAAGAGGGAGUUUGGAUAGGAAGCCGGAAGAGGAAUCCGGAUGUCUGGGAUAAGAUGAGCGAAUGUCAUGUCGACAGUCACAGCCUCUUCCUCUUCUUGCUCGUCAUCCAUGGCGCCUUCACGCUCGGCAACUGCCAAUUUGACGAUCAAUAACAAGAUGGAAUUCGUUUCGGCCGGCGAAUCCGGCCCGCCCACUAGGAUGUUUCAUCCGUCCAAUGCUCCCCAAACAAGUCAUCAUUCGCAACAGCAGCAACAACAACAACAACAACAACAACCUCAAUCACCAUAUCGAUUCGGAGCGCCCGACAGCCGGGCAUCGUACAGUGAACGGCGCGUGGGCAUCAAUAGCGGCCGCUCAAUGACCGCUCACAAUCAUCCGUCCGCAACGGGCUCAUCAUCUGCUGCUGCCGGGCUGCCGUGGCACCCGACCAACAACCACCAGGCGGGGGCCGAAUCCCAAGGCCCCAAGCCCGGCCGCUCCUUCAGCUCCGGCAUGGCGUCCCUCAGUCGUUCCAAUGGCAGUCUGGCCGGCACCGCUAACAAUUCGAUUCAUCCCGCCGCCAACAACGAGACGGACGCCAACGGCAACAGCAAACCGCGUUCCAGAACUCAGACUCCUGGGAACUUUGGAUGCGCUCUAUCGGCCGCAACGGGAGGUAGCGCCACUACCUCCGCCGCUGCCCAUGUGUUGGCCAGUCCGGCCAGUUCGAACGGUUCGGGAGGUGGCAAGCAGCGGACGCGCGGGGAUUUUGGCGGCAGUCACGGCUCGCUGGACGCUUUGGCCAGCGGCCCUGAGCGCGAGAGCUUUUUCGCCUUACUUCGCGACUUGGGCGCGCAGAGCAGUAGUGGCAGUAGCAAUGGCAACGGCAGUCUGGUGCCCAGUCGGUCCUCACCUGAGAGAGACUUGGACGAUCCCGUCCACGCCAAACCGGUCGGAUGCGCUCCCAGCAGGCUGGCCGAGCUCUUGAAACCCAACUUCCAUUCGGCCCGAACCGCCGUCUCCAACACGCAAUCAGAGCCCGCGGCGGCCGUUGUACCGUUGGCUGGCUCUUACUCGCUGGCCGUCCAGCAACAACAGUCCGUCAUGCUCCGACGAAGUACACCAGAGCCACCGCUCGGAGCAGGGAUGCAGCCACCGGUGGCUAGAAGCGCCACCUUACCGGCGGACGCGUCCAGCCCGAAACCUCGUUCCAAAUUCCAGCGAUUCUGGGAUCGCGAUCGUUCCAAUAAAGAGCACAAAGCGUCCAGCAUUCCGGCCACUACGGUCGCCAUCGCCAGCUCGAUUGUGGCCGUUCAACACGGCACCGCCACGUCCAGCAGCGCCACGUCGAGGUCCGCCUCGGAGCCGUCCAUUUUCAAGCGGCUUCGCGGCGGUGGGAGCGCGUCCAGCGGAAGCGGAUCUUCUUCAUCGUCCAAUUCCAAGGCGUUGAACGGAAUCUCUGCGUCGCCCGAGCCCGACCUGGCCGCCACGCUGGAACGCGAUGCCAGCGACAUGGAAGCCAGGCUGGACGAGCGAUUGAAGCGCAAAGCGUUCGCCCAUCACGACUGCCAGAGCAUGAGCGUCAAUCUGGGCUACGCUGCCCGUUUGCGCGGACUGCUCGCCCAGCGCCGCAACACGACCACAGGAGCGUCAGCCGCUUCCAUGGCGUCCGCUUCAUCUUCGUCUUCUUCUUCCUCUUCUUCUACCUCCUCUUCGACGGCCACUUCUUCGUCCUUGAACGCCGCAACGGCCGGCUCGUCCGGCAGCUUGUCGGGCAGUGGCAAGGGCAAAUUGAAGACGCAGAUGAGUUACCCUCCGGCCAUGGACGAUCCGACGGCUGGGCCGCCUCUACCCGCGCCCGCGGACGAGGUGGACACGGGCGAUGGCAAGAGCAAUCAGCUGCUGCAGAGCUGCCCGUUCUUCCGCAACGAGCUGGGCGGCGAGCCCGAGUGGUGCGUCGGCGUGUCGCGAUGUUCCAGCCCGCAGCUGCAGCAGCCUCAGCAGCAGCAUCCGUCACCGACGCUGCUCCAUCGGCCCGUCAGCACCUACGGUGUCAGCGUCCUGGAAUUCCCUCCAGGCAAAUCGCAUUGGCGGCACGGCAUUUGUCCCUACCAGAAACAACCGUCCGUGCUGGAACGCGGCGAUCAAGGCGCCUUCUAUUACGGCAACCAUUUCUACGCCCAAGAGCACCAAAAUUGGUUUGGAAUGGAUGAGAACCUUGGUCCGAUCGCCAUCAGCAUCCGGCGCGAGAAGAUGUCCCCUAGCGACGUGGAGUCGAACAACAGCCAUCACCACAAUCAUCACCAUCACAGCCAUCACAGUCAUCAGAAAGAUCAGUACAUUUAUCGCAUCAUCAUCCGCACCAGUGAGCUGGCCACGCUGCGCGGAACCGUCCUCGAAGAGGCCAUUCCUUCGUUAAAACCGCCCGGCCCUAAAGGUCUCUCCUUGCGAGAAGUCUUGGACAUGGUUUCGCCAGAAAUCCACCUGCCUUGUCUCCGACUGGCCAUUCCAGGACCCACAACGGAACAACAGCUCCUCAAGUUGGACCAGCAGGGACUAUCCAAUCACUACAAGGUUGGCAUCCUCUACUGCAAAGCUGGCCAAUCAACUGAAGAGGAAAUGUACAAUAACGAAGAAGGUGGCCAGGCGUUUGACGACUUUUUGAAUCUGAUCGGCCAGCGGGUCCGUCUGCGUGGCUUCGAGAAGUACAAAGCGGGUCUGGACAAUAAGAUGGACUCGACGGGCCUGUAUUCGCUCUACUCGCAAUAUCAAGAUCGUGAGCUCAUGUUCCACGUCUCGUCGUUGUUACCGUUCACGCCAAACAAUCGGCAACAGUUACUCCGCAAACGCCACAUUGGUAACGACAUCGUCACGAUCGUGUUCCAAGAACCGGGCGCUCUGCCUUUCUCGCCCAAGAACAUCCGGUCGCAAUUCCAGCACGUCUUCAUCAUCGUACGCGUUUUGCACCCGUGCACAGACCACACCCAAUACCAAGUGGCCGUCAGCCGUUCCAAGGAGGUGCCCAUCUUCGGGCCGCCUAUCCCUACUGGAGCAACUUUCCCCAAAUCACAGGCCUUUGUUGAUUUUUUGUUGGCCAAGAUCAUCAACGCGGAACACGCCGCUCAUCGAUCGCAAAAGUUUGCCACCAUGGCCACCCGUACUCGUCAAGAAUAUCUCAAGGAUUUGGCCACUAAUUACGUGACGGGAAACACGCUAGAUAGCGGUUCCAAGUUCCCAAUCCUGACAUUCAGCAGCCGAAAAAAGGAGCGUCUCAAGCCGAAAUUCUUUCCAGACGCCGUCCAGUCUGGCGCCAUUUGUUGGCAGGUGUCGGUCGAUGAUUUCAGCGGCGGUGGAGGAUCGGUUCGACAAACGGACAGUUUGCUGGGCAUUUCAAGCGAUAGUCUUGUCCUCGUCGAAGAAAGCACCAAGGAAUGUAUAUGGGCCGUCUCGUGUAAAGCCAUUCUUGGAUGGACGUCAUCCACGUCGAGCAUUAAACUCUAUUACCAUCAAGGUGAAUGCAUUACCGUUCAGGGUAGAGAUUGCGAAGCUGAUGAGAUUCCCGAAAUUGUGGCCCGUCUUCACGCCGUCACGUCGGGCUGUGGCACGCGUGAGCUCUCGCUCAGAAGGAACGCCGUAGGGCAGCUAGGAUUUCACGUUCAACCCGAUGGACUGGUAACGGAAGUCGAGCCUCACGGGCCAGCGUGGCAGGCGAGCUUGCGUCAAGGUUUCCGGUUGGUGGAGAUUUGCAAGGUGACGGUGGCAACGCUGAACCAUGAGCAGAUGGUGGAUUUGCUGAAAACUUCAGCCGUCGUCACGGUCACGGUCCUUCCGCCGGUCGAUCCAAACACGCCCCGACAAGGUUGCACGCUUCAGAGCUGUUCUUACAUCGUCGGCAGCAUUGAUGGCGAGUACGAUAACGUCGGCGUCAGUGGCGAAGGUGUGGACAACGGCAGUGCGACCGUACGCAGUUCGGGAGCCGUCCAGCAGCAGUCCGUUUCGAUACACAGCCGGCGCUUACGUUACGAGCGCAGCGUCUCUCCGCCGCGUUCCAGCAGCAGUUCCGGCUACGGGACGGGCAGUAGUUCCAGAUCGUUUACAGUGCAGGGAGCGGCCGCCCUGGCGGCUUCGGCCGCAGCCGCGGCCGGAACGGCCACCAUGUCCGCCGUUAUCCCGACCAACGCGGCGGAGGGCACGCUGAAGUCGACAUCUAGCGGCCAUUCGAGCGAUGACCCGUGGUACGAUUUUAUGCCGGAAGUACUCGAGGCGGAACUGCUGAACGGGCCAGGUGGUUCCACCAUAUCGCCUCCUCCGCUUCCAUCGAGGCAGGGCCCGCCGCCCAGCCGACUCCGUUCCGGCCACAGUUGCGACAAUUUCACACCUACCGCCAUUUCCGUCCACCAGCCGUCGACUCCGGCCGUGGAGAACGUGAAAUCGAGCAGGAGCCAAGAUCAAAUUUUUCCGCACGACGGAUCUUCGCCCGUUAAAAACCGGCCAGCCGGGCCCGUUUAUUCCACUCCGCCGAGCAAAGUGAAACCCAUAUUGGAGAGUCCCAGCCUGGUGGGCCGCAUGAGCAAUUACGAAGACCUGCGCAGGCUGCAGCAGACGACCGCCAACACUUCCGCCGUGCCUCAGGAAACGUCCGGUGGCAGCAAAGUCCGUCCAUUGAAUCCGCCCGAUUACCACCACGCCAUGCAGAGCCGUUUGGUGGCUCUCAAAUCGCCCGACCAGCAACACGGCCCCAACAAUCGAAAAUCGCCUUCGUCCACCUACACCUCGCGGAGCGAGGACGAACUGUCGGCCGGAAGCGCCAACAGCUUGUCGCCGCGAAGCCGCCGCAAGCACAGCAAGAACAAUGGUGCCGGAAAUUUGACUCCGUCCAGCGGCAGCAGCCGAAAUCAGAGCCCUCGCAUGUUCGUCGAGGCCAAGUUGAAGUCCAACGCCAACGGGAGCGUCUGCAGUGGGGGAAGCGGAGGCAACGGACAGAAGCGUUCCAGCACCAAUCUGCAAGAAGAUCUGCUCCGGCUCAUCAGUCCCGAUGCGGUCGAUGAAGUGUCGGCCGACGAUUCAUCCGUCAUCGUAACUCACGCUCGACCAGCCAACGCCGUCCUCUCGUCCGCCAACUCAUCCGUCCAGUCAGCAGAUAUGGCUGACCUUCCAGACUCGGAGGAGAUGGACUGGUCUCGUUUAGUGCACGCUGCUGCCCGAGCCAUCCAGGGCGCCGCGACAACCAUGGCUUCGGCUCAAGAAGAUGUCGACGACGACUUGAUGGAUGAUGAAGUCGAGGAACCCACGCGCGAUGGCAGUGAUAAUCAAGAUUCACUCACUUCGUGGAUAGAUGAUGUGACGGAAAAGCUACGUCUGGAAGCCGAAGCGGCUGAAAGUCCGCCGGGCGGAAUCGGCUCGACUCUUGUGAUGGAUGAUGUAGUGCAAUUACGGAUGAGUCAACUAGAACAACAUGUCGGUUCGCUGGAGAACCGUUUACGCGGCGAAGAGGAUAGGAGACAAGCCCUCGAGGCUGAAAUCCGCCGGUUGCGGGAGGCGAAUUCACGUCUCGCCGGUGAAUCUCAGACGGCGGCGCAACAACUGAAACGCUUUACGGAUUGGUUCUUCCAGACAAUUGAACGACCGUAAAAGAUUGCGGACAUAGCCAAUUAUAAUAUGGCGGCCUUACUCCCACUUAUCAAAGAAAGGAAUUCACACUGUCGUGUUUCUUUUUUUUUUUUUGCAUUCAAUCCUUUUGUUCUUUUCGCCAGCAUUUUUUUUUCUAUUGAAAACGAUCUUUUUUGUUUCCGCGAUCGUCCUAAUGGCCUUUCCCACCAACAACUGUCACUUAUUUCCUGUCUUACUUUAUUUUUAAAAAAUAUUUUACGGCCAUACUCUUUUUUUUUUUUUUUUUUUAGAACCAAAGUGUGUUAUUAUCGUCUGCGAAAUGUGUCUUUGUUUCAUAUAACUUCAUCAUUUACCUGGGCCGUUGUGUACAAAAUGUAUUUUUCUUUUUGUCCGUCUACUACAUUUUGUUUUGUUUUUCUUCCUUUUUGCAAUUCCAGUAAGAAGUGCGUUUGCUUUGGCUCGGAAAGAAGGCUGUGUUUGUCCUGCCCUAAUGUUUCUUAACUAUUAUGCGUACCUCGUUUUCCGCAUCAGACUCAUCGAAAUUUCUUGUUUUUCGUCUCGGUUUUUUUUUUUUCUUUACACGUUCGAAAUUGUAAUUCUCCGCCUACCACACGCCUUUUACAGAGAUUUGGUAUUCUUUAUAUAACUGCCCGACUUUUUCGAACAAUCACUACACUCUGCCUUUUUAUACAUACAAAAAGAAAGAAAAAAAAAUAACUAAGAGAAAUUUGUUGUUCGUUACCUCAUCGCGGGGUAAUGUAAAGGAUCAAUAAUUUUAGCAGUUUUGAUGUUCUUUUUUGUUGUUUUCUAUCGUCCGCGAUUUAUCGAAUCCGUCUCCUUCAGAAACAGUAUUUGAAAGAGUUGUAUUUACAUAUGACAAUACAAUGGAUUCUUUUUUUGCUUACAA